AUGAAGUUGUUCUUGUGUUCCCUCCUUCUAUUCGCCGCUUUGUCGGUCACUGUUCAAGGAUUCCCUACAAAAGAUCGUGAGGCCAGAGAGACUGAACCAGUGAAACUGCCAACUGCUGAUUCCGAGAAGAAGGCCCCAACCAAGAGAGAAGCUGAUCCACCAAAGACUGAAUCUGCUGAUUCCGAGAAGAAGGCCCCAACCAAGAGAGAAUCUGAUAAGCCAAAGACUGAAUCUGCUGAUUCCGAGAAAAAUGCCCCAGCCAAGAGAGAAGCUGAUAAGCCAAAGACUGAAUCUGCUGAUUCCGAGAAAAAGGCCCCAGCCAAGAGAGAAGCUGAUAAGCCAAAGACUGAAUCUGCUGAUUCCGAGAAGAAGGCCCCAGCCAAGAGAGAAGCUGAUAAGCCAAAGACUGAAUCUGCUGAUUCUGAGAAGAAGGCCCCAGCCAAGAGAGAAUCUGAUAAGCCAAAGACUGAAUCUGCUGAUUCCGAGAAAAAUGCCCCAGCCAAGAGAGAAGCUGAUAAGCCAAAGACUGAAUCUGCUGAUUCCGAGAAAAAGGCCCCAGCCAAGAGAGAAGCUGAUAAGCCAAAGACUGAAUCUGCUGAUUCCGAGAAGAAGGCCCCAGCCAAGAGAGAAGCUGAUAAGCCAAAGACUGAAUCUGCUGAUUCUGAGAAGAAGGCCCCAGCCAAGAGAGAAUCUGAUAAGCCAAAGACUGAAUCUGCUGAUUCUGAGAAGAAGGCCCCAGUCAAGAGAGAAGCUGAUAAGCCAAAGACUGAAUCUGCUGAUUCUGAGAAGAAGGCCCCAGCCAAGAGAGAAUCUGAUAAGCCAAAGACUGAAUCUGCUGAUUCUGAGAAGAAGGCCCCAGUCAAGAGAGAAGCUGAUAAGCCAAAGACUGAAUCUGCUGAUUCCGAGAAGAAGGCCCCAGCCAAGAGAGAAUCUGAUAAGCCAAAGACUGAAUCUGCUGAUUCUGAGAAGAAGGCCCCAGUCAAGAGAGAAGCUGAUAAGCCAAAGACUGAAUCUGCUGAUUCCGAGAAGAAGGCCCCAACCAAGAGAGAAGCUGAUCCACCAAAGACUGAAUCUGCUGAUUCCGAGAAGAAGGCCCCAGCCAAGAGAGAAGCUGAUAAGCCAAAGACUGAAUCUGCUGAUUCCGAGAAGAAGGCUUCAGCCAAGAGAGAAGCUGAUAAGCCAAAGACUGAAUCUGCUGAUUCUGAGAAGAAGGCCCCAGUCAAGAGAGAAGCUGAUAAGCCAAAGACUGAAUCUGCUGAUUCUGAGAAGAAGGCCCCAGUCAAGAGAGAAGCUGAUCCGCCAAAGACUGAAUCUGCUGAUUCCGAGAAGAAGGCCCCAACCAAGAGAGAAGCUGAUCCACCAAAGACUGAAUCUGCUGAUUCCGAGAAGAAGGCCCCAGCCAAGAGAGAAGCUGAUCCACCAAAGACUGAAUCUGCUGAUUCCGAGAAGAAGGCCCCAGCCAAGAGAGAAGCUGAUCCGCCAAAGACUGAAUCUGCUGAUUCCGAGAAGAAGGCCCCAGCCAAGAGAGAAGCUGAUCCACCAAAGACUGAAUCUGCUGAUUCUGAGAAGAAGGCCCCAGUCAAGAGAGAAGCUGAUAAGCCAAAGACUGAAUCUGCUGAUUCCGAGAAGAAGGCCCCAGCCAAGAGAGAAGCUGAUCCACCAAAGACUGAAUCUGCUGAUUCCGAGAAAAAUGCCCCAGCCAAGAGAGAAGCUGAUAAGCCAAAGACUGAAUCUGCUGAUUCCGAGAAGAAGGCCCCAGCCAAGAGAGAAGCUGAUCCACCAAAGACUGAAUCUGCUGAUUCCGAGAAGAAGGCCCCAGCCAAGAGAGAAGCUGAUCCGCCAAAGACUGAAUCUGCUGAUUCCGAGAAGAAGGCCCCAGCCAAGAGAGAAGCUGAUCCACCAAAGACUGAAUCUGCUGAUUCUGAGAAGAAGGCCCCAGUCAAGAGAGAAGCUGAUAAGCCAAAGACUGAAUCUGCUGAUUCCGAGAAGAAGGCCCCAGCCAAGAGAGAAGCUGAUCCACCAAAGACUGAAUCUGCUGAUUCCGAGAAAAAUGCCCCAGCCAAGAGAGAAGCUGAUAAGCCAAAGACUGAAUCUGCUGAUUCCGAGAAGAAGGCUUCAGCCAAGAGAGAAGCUGAUCCACCAAAGACUGAAUCUGCUGAUUCUGAGAAGAAGGCCCCAGUCAAGAGAGAAGCUGAUAAGCCAAAGACUGAAUCUGCUGACAAGGUUCCACUACCACAUUAA